GUUGUAAUCGUUUUUUCUCAUCGAAAAAUAAGAAGGCCCAUAUCAGGGAAAUCCAAUAGAACCCAAUUACACGGCCCUCUCUUCCUUCCCAGCACUCCAUCUUCGAAUCUUCAAUCUUCAAUCUUCCACUUCAAUCUUCUUCGAUUCGCUCAACCCAAUUACCCAGUUGAUCCCUUUCUCAUUUCUAUUAACUACUACCUGGAGACACUCAUUGACUUGGGUUAAUCUCCAAAUUAGGGUUUACGCCAUUUGCAGAGAAGAGUUUUGAGGCUUGCGAUCGCUGUUCAGGUUGAAACCACAAGUCUCCUGUCUUGUUGAACAUCCUUUGCUAUGGCAUCUAGGCGCAAUGUCCAGUAUAGCCGUCUUGCUACUGAUGAAGAUGAUGAUUAUAAUGGGAGAGGCGAUGACCGUCGGUUUGACUAUACACCAAAGUCCUUUGAUAAAGUUCCAUGGAAAUCCAUAGGCCUUGCUCUUUUCCUGCUUUCUCUUGGAUCACUCCUUCUCUUCCUUUCCUAUUUCAUUUUCACUGGUCACAUGGGAGGGGAUAUGUCCCAAGCCUAUGGCCUUCUAGCUCUAGGAAUUCUCACCUUCCUCCCAGGCUUUUAUGAGACGCGGAUUGCUUAUUAUGCAUGGAGAGGUGCAAAAGGGUUCCGUUUUGCAUCCAUUCCGGACUACUAGGCUGCUGUUGUUGUCUACAAACUUUUGCGAAUAAUGCUGUAAUGGUGACACUUUCAGUUGACACGAUCAUGUACAAUCCACAUUGUAAAAAGCCACGUGAAUGAUAUUUGUAGCCUGUUUGUUUCUUUAUUGUCAAAUGACUUGUUUGCAAAGGCUUAGAGGUUGUAAACUGCAAAUGAACGCCCACUCAGUUCAUACUAUGGUGGUUUUUCAGCUUUGAGGUUGUACUACUGCCCGUUCUGAAUCAAGCCUAUCAGAAGUUUGGUUUCA